GUCAACGUAAACAUCACAUGUUUUGCAACAUUUUGAUCAAAUCACACCUACAAUGAGACUGGCAUUUAAAAAUCUGAAGUAUUUGCAACAAAUACUAUCUUCAUCAAGGAAAUGGCAGCCUUUGUCACUAAGUGGAGUUAGAUCCUUCUCUGGUAAAAAAGAUGAGAGUGAUGGUAAUUCAUAUGAGAACGACUAUAUUUAUGAUGAAGAAGGAAAUGAAAAAAUCAGACCUGGUGCAGGAAAAGCAAGGAAAAUGGGGAAGUUUUUCAAGGAAUCCAUAUCCAAAAUGUUCUCUUUAAAAGAAGAGAUUCCAAGGUCAACUGACCUAGUGAUCGUUGGUGGAGGGCUGGUGGGGUCAGCGGUAGCCUUCUUUGUCGCUCAUAAACAAACAAACAGAGAGCGCGAAAUCAUGGUUAUAGAGAGGGAUCCAAUGUACACCACGGCCUCUUCUUCCCUGUCAGCGGGGGGCAUCAGACACCAGUUUAGUGUCACAGAGAAUGUGCAGAUGUCAAUGUUUACCACAAAAUUCUUGAGGAAUAUCAAGUUCUUCUUAGGAUUAAUAGAUCAGCCCCCUCCUGAUGUACAGUUUAAUCACCAAGGUUACUUAUUCCUUGCAACACCAGAGAAAGCUGAAAAGUUAGAAGAGCUUGUGAAAAUGCAAAAAUAUUUAGGAGCUGAAGUGGAGAUGUUUUCAGCAGAAAUGCUGAAGCAGAGAUUCCCAUGGUUAAAUAUUGAUGGAAUUGAGGCAGGUUCUCUUGGUUUAAACGGGGAGGGCUGGUUUGAUCCCCAUUCACUCCUGGCUGCCCUGAAAAAGAGAAACAUUGGCCUUGGAGUGAAGUAUAUUGAUGCUGAGGUCAUUGGCUUCACCAAAAAAUUAAGUGCACCAGGAACAAUCGGCAACCAGUAUGUGCUGGCCUCUGUCAUAUCAAGGGACACUGAUGGAGAUAUGUUUGAGACCAACUGUCAUCAGGUUGUGAACUGUGCUGGACCGUGGGCUGGCCAGAUAGGAGAGCUGGCAGGAAUGGGGACCGAAACGGGGGCGUUAUCCAUUCCCUUACCUGUGGUACCCAGGAAAAGAUUUAUUUAUGCCUAUCACUGUCACAACGGCCCGGGGAUUAGCACUCCUCUUACUGUGGACAUCACUGGGACCUACUUCAGGAGGGAGGGGCUUGGGGGGAUGUAUAUAUGUGGAGCUUCCCCAGAAUCAGAGGAAGAGGAACCAUCUAUUGAAAAUUUAGAUGUAGAUUAUGAGUUUUUCAAUGAAAAGAUAUGGCCAAGACUAGCUCACAGGAUCCCAGCUUUUGAAAAUAUCAAGUUGAAGAGUGCAUGGGCUGGUUACUAUGACUACAACGUAUGGGACCAGAACUUAAUCAUUGGACCUCACCCUGUCAUCACAAACUUUCUGUUAGCCAAUGGAAUGAGUGGUCACGGUUUGCAGCAAUCCAUCUGUGUGGGCAAUGCAAUCAGCGAAAUGAUACUCAAUGCCGAUACCUAUACUGUGGAUUUGAGUAGAUUUAAUUUUGAUAGAAUAAUUAGACGAGAAAAAAUCUUAGAAGAUUUUAUAGUGUGACAUGGGCUUUUUUAGUGGACACUGGACAGCAAUUCUGUCAAAGUUUUAGAGAGACUUCUCUGUGAUUAAUUCAUCUGUUAUUUGACUCUCAUCAAUGAAUUGAUUGAUACUCGGUGUGCAACCUAGUACAGCAUUAGAAAAGUGGAUUGAUAAACUUUAAACUUUUUUAAUAUUGUAACCAGAAAUCUUAGAACAGUGAUGAUCAUAUACAGACUUUAGAUAUAGAAUCCUCAUUAUUUUGAAAAUGAGCAUUGUUUUUAUAGCAUUCAUAAUUUUAAAGAAUACACAUUUGGUAGAUGGAA